UAAACUUUUUUAUGUUCUAUCCAUCUCAGAAAUGACAGUUAGCACAUAUUUAAAUCAAUCAGAAUAUGUAUUCACUCGUUAUAUGAUUUUGUUGUUCUUGGUCCACAUUAUUUCUUCUGAUCUGUGUGAUGUAUCCUUAUUCUUUUGCUUUUAAUUUGAUGAGAAUGUAUAUUAUUGUUUAGCAAGAAUAAUUGUUCAGACAAUGUCACAUUCUUGUCUCUGCGCUGAGGAUACCCAACAGAUCUAUCACUAAUAUGACAAAUAUCAGCAUCAUCAACUUAUGCUGUCCAUAAUAUGUCUCAUUUGAGGAACUAUGCUGUUGCUAAAACAUCUUGUAGUCUUUAACAUUGAUAAUCUUUUCUUUUCCUUGUGGCUAUCAGGACCUUUCUGAUAAUGAAAACUGUUUGAUCUCUUGAAUUGCUUCCUUUUAAUCUGUGUCUAUUAUAACCAUGUUUCCCCAUUUCGUCUUAUCUAGCCAAGCAACCCUUUCUAGAACCUUUUCGGGCAUGGUGAGCAUGUGAUGUCAAUAGAUUUUCAUCCAACAAAGGUGGAUCUCCUCAGGUCCUGUGAUAGCAAUGAUGAGAGUAGACUGUGGGAUGUCUGUGGGGGUGAUUUCAAUCUCAUUCUUAAGGGAGGUAGUAGACAAGUUAGAUUUCAACCUCACCUUGGGCACUUUUUGGCAAGUUCUACUAAAAAUAUUGUAAAUAUCUUUGAUGUCGAGACUAACAGCAUCCAAAAAAAAGUUACAAAGGGACACGUCAAAGACGUUCGUUCAAUAUGCUGGGAUAUGAGUGGGAUUUACCUGGCAUCUGUGUCCACAGAUAUGGUCUAUUAAUGAAGGAAAGUGUAUAUUUGAACUGUUCUCCACUGGCAAUAAGUUCCAGUCGUGCACUUUCCGCCCUGGGCACUCUCAAGUGUUUGUGAUUGGUUCCGAUGAGGUAUGCUUAACACAAUUUGCAAAUCUUAUGCUGAAGCGUUGAGCUCAUCUAUAAGUUCUUUGUAGACUUGCCUCAAUUAAUGUCUAUAUAUUUGUAUAACAACAAAUUUAACUUAAGAUGCUUACUUAUGGAACCAUCCUGAAAAAGAAAGAAAGGAACAAAGAACUUCUCCCUUAGUCAAGCCAAAGCUAAGAAAUGGAAAAGGAAUAAUAGACAUUAAGAAUAUGCGACGUCUGCAAUUUUGAGUUUUGGUGUCACAAUGAUAUGUCUUAGAGUGCACAUUUUGGUAUGAGGUUUGCUUCCGACAGUACCAUCGGUUUUCUUGCUAUUUUUUUAUCUCAAUAAAAAAAUGCUGAUUGCAUAUUGAUUUCAGCUGAACAUUUUUGUUUUCUUACUCUUGUCUGAUCAUUCCGCGUUGCUUAAUGA